GAAAGCCUCGUAAGCCAAGCCGGAAGCCAAUGGAAAACGGUGUUCCCGGUGCUCUAGGGCAUUUCCCGAGGGCCAAGACUUUUUGGAUUUGUGCAUCACUGGAAGAAGAAGCAUAGUAUAUUUAUCGUUUCGGUUGGGAUCAUCUGCACAUCAACAUGUCAUGCCAUCUUGAUCGUGUCCAGGCCUGAUCAAGUUCGGGAGCGAUGUCGGGAGACAGAAGACUGUCGGAGAUGCCACGUCGGGAUCCUUCCGGCGGCAGCGGCGGCCCGUCGCAUGGCAGCUCGGGGGCCUCGGCACGCUCCCUGGGUCUGCCGUACUUGCCACCGACAAACCCGGCCAUGGCGCGUCAGCUGCAGGAGCGGCUGCUGGUGCCACCCGGUCUCAAGGAGCGACUAAGACAGGACCCGCUGCGGCUCCCGCGAGCUCCCGGAGCUAUUGCACCGGGAAAGAAAUCGACCCGACCCUUCCAGCUAUCGCCACUGGAAUGGCCCGGACAAAUCCGAAGUGGCAAGCGCGGUCACGGCUGCGCGUCUUACGAGGACAUUCUCAAAGCUUCUUCGAAGAAAACCAAGACUAAGACGAAACACACAUCUUCUGUCGCCGUGUCGGGCCGCGCCAGCGAGCAGCGGCCGGCCGGCUCCCGUCUGAGCUCGGUGGGUGCCGGCGCCGCCUCUGAGAGCUCCGGCACCUCGGCCUCCACCGAGCUGAGCGCCGGCUCCGUGCAGCUGGACGAGGUGCCCCAGGACGUGGCCUGCAUUAUUGAUAAGGUCCGGAAGGACGCGCGCGUCGGCUUCUUCUACCUGGUAGCGUCUGUGCCGACAUACGCCGUGGAGCGGCACUACUACUGCCUCAAGGUGGCGCCUUACUCGGCGAUCGAUCCGGAGGAGUACUUCACGAUCAGCAAGCACGGCGUCACCCACGUGCUGAACAAGGAGGCUGACUUUGUGCCGCUGCCAGAAUGGGAGCGAGACUACAUAAUGUUCCAGAAACUCGCCAGGAUCCGCACGUUCCGUCAGUUCCGCAUGUGGAAACAGUUCGCCCAGUGGCGGGUGAACGUGCGCUGGUGCAAGUUCCACCUGGCGCAGCGCAGCCUCUCGCAGAACCUCUUCAUCCUCCAGCCGUGCCUGCGAGCCGCCCUACUGGCCGUGCGACAUCUCUGCAACGCCGUGGCCACCCUGGGCAUCGUGGACAUUGAUGAUACCAACAUCUACACACUGGAGAACUUUAUUCAGGCCGAGUCGGAUCAGCUAAGCAGCGUGCAGGACUCGCUAGCCGAGUUCCGCCGACUGGUGCGCGACAUUGUCCAGACGGCCUGCAACACGGCCAUGCUGGAGGCCGGCUUCCCCACCGAGGAGUACAUCGAGGAACUGGCGUUGGCUGUCAAAUGCGGUCAGACGGUGUGGAAGACCAAGCUGCACAUGGACCCGCAGCAGUGUCUGGCGCUGUUCAAAGUCGGCGACUACUCGCAGCAGAUGUCGUUCACCGAACAGGCCGACAAACGGCGCCAGUGCCAGCGGCUCACCAGGUUCAUCUACACAAUCGACCUGAUCCUGAUGACGUGCAAGCACCAGCUGGUGAAGAACACGCUGUGUUACAUGGAGCGGGCGCUGUCGAGUCGUGUCGAGCGCAUCCCGCCCGAGGACCAGCUGAUCAUCGAGCUGACCGCCAAACCGGCCGACAAACCAAAGACGGAGGCCAAGAAACCGACGGGACCCUCCAACGAGCCGCCGCCGCCACCGGAGCCGUCGCCGGAGCCGCCGGAGCCGCCGGAGCCGGGCGAGGAGCCCGAGACACCUGCCGAGCCCCUGUUCCUCACGUCGCUCGAGUUUCGCGGCGCCGUGCCGCGCCUCGUCCCGCCCAUCAAGGAGUUCCGGCUCACUGUGGAGAAGCUGCUCACCAGCAGCAGAGAGCUGGUCGAGAACAUGGAGAACCUCUUCACCGACGACACAUUCAUGUUCAUCACGAGACCGACCAUAAACGGGAAGACGCUGGGUAGUGACGACCAGGAGGGCCCCGACCUGGAGGACGUGCUGGACUCGGACGAACAGAUGGCCGACGUGUCCACACACAUCUCCGAGAUGGUGGUCGUGGGAUUCCAGGCGGCGGAGACGUACAUCCAGACGUUCGAGCACGUCAAGGAGUGGUUCUAUGAGAACAUGCGGACCGAUAUGACGUCUUUUGCUACCAUCGGUUGCGAUCUGGACCAAUUCGGCUCGGCUCUGGCCAAAUUCACCAGCCAGGUGAACGAGGUCAAGAACAUCCCCGUUGACCGCAAACUGGGUGUGUUCUGCGUGAACGCGACAGACGUGCGCGACAUGGUGCGACCCUCGCCCGAGCACUGCCUCGAGCAGAUCCACAAGAUCAUGCCCACUGUGACCAAGGCGCGGGUGGAGGCGUUGAUGCAGGAGUCGCAGGACGCGCACUACAAGCUGGAGAUCACGCCGACCACCACCGAGGAGUACGUCACCUUCCUCACCUUCCUCGACGACAUCUCCAUCCGGAUCGAGAGUCUGGAGCAGGAGGCGGAUGUGGUCUGCCAGAUGGUGGAGCUGAUGGAGGACUACCAGACACCCAUCCCGCCAGAGUACAUAGCAGAGUUCAAUACGCUGAGUCCGACAGUCGCCAUUCUACACGACCUCACCGACAACUGCGUCAGCGACCGGGAUGCCUGUGUGGAGAAACUCUCCGCUUCCCUCGCCAAGGACAUCAAAACGCUCAGCAAAGACGUCGAGAGCGUCACACAGCAAAUCAACGAGCCGGUGCUUCUUCAAAUGGAGGCCGACCACAAGGUGGUGCGUGAUAAGUUAACGGCCUGCACGGAAAUUCUACGCAAACACGAAAAUGCCGCGGCGACUCUCAAAGAUCACCAGAAAAAGUUCCGGCUGGAGGUGACCAAGCUGGAGCAGCUGGAGAAGGCCCAGGACGAGCUGCGCCUGAGGACGCUGCUCUGGGACUCGCUCGACGAGUGGGACAAGUUCCUGAACGACACACUCGUGGCACCGUUCAACGACCUCGAUGUGGAGGAGCUCACGCAACUGGUGGCGAGGUUCAACAAGACGGUUGUCCAGCUGGAGAAGGGCCUGCCGCCCAAUAACGUCAACGCCGUGCUCAAGGCGAAGGUGGACGACUUCAGAGUCAAGCUCACCACGAUCGCCGACCUCCGUAACACCACUCUGCGGCGUCGCCAUUGGGAGGCCAUUGAGCGCCUGCUCGGCCGUCCGCUGCUGGACCUGGACGAGCAGACGCCCCUGACACUGCGCCUGCUGAUCGACUACCAGGCGUUCGCCAAAGCCGAGCAGAUCAAGGAGAUCUCGGGCCAGGCCAGCUCCGAGGCCAGCCUAGAGACGCUGCUCGGAAAGGUGGAGGCCGUGUGGAAGUCGACCGAGUUCAGCGUGGUCCCGCUCAGCGGACAGAAGGAUGUCUUUAUUCUGGGUGGAACGGACGACAUACAGCAGCUGCUCGACGAGUCCAACAUCAACAUACAGACCAUUUCGUCGUCACGCCAUGUCGGCCCAAUCCGGUCUCGGGUGGAGGACUGGGAGAAACGCCUGGACCUGUUCGCCAAAACUCUGGACGAGUGGCUGACCUGUCAGCGCACCUGGCUCUACCUGGGCUCCGUGUUCUGUGCGCCCGAUAUUCAGCGGCAGCUGCCCACUGAGGCCAAACUGUUCAUCACCGUCGACAAGUCGUACAAAGACAUCAUGCGUCGAGUCUAUAAGGUUCCGCUGGCGAUUCGCGCCGCCACCCAGGCCGGUAUGCUGGACGCCCUCCAGACCAACAACGGCCUGCUCGACCAGAUCAUGAAGUGCCUCGAGGCCUAUCUGGAAUCGAAGAGAGUCAUCUUUCCGCGGUUUUACUUCUUGUCGAAUGACGAGCUGCUGGAGAUCCUGGCCCAAACGAGAAAUCCCCAGGCUGUUGAACCUCACUUGAAAAAGUGCUUCGACGCCAUUCAUAAGCUAGAAUUUGGUACAAAGGAAAACGCUGAAGGACAGAUAGAAAUGAGCAACGAGAUUCUGGCCAUGCUCUCGCCAGAAAAAGAACAUGUUCCUCUAACAAAGGGUCUGAAGGCUCGCGGUAACGUCGAGGACUGGCUGGGUAAGGUGGAGGAGGCCAUGUUCACCUCGCUGCGGCGGGCCAUGAAACAGGCGCUGCUAGACUACGCAGAGCCCAGCAAGGAGGCGUGGGUCACCUCGCAUCCGUCUCAGGUGGUCCUGACCGUGUCUCAGAUCGUCUGGUGUCGAGACGUGCACGCCGUCCUCGACGGAGACCACGACCGGCUGGCCGCCAUGAAGGCCUUCGAGGACGAGAUGUUCCAGACGCUGAACCAGCUGGCGGCGAUGGUGCGCGGCGAGCUGAAGGACCUGGAGCGGAACGUGCUGUGUGCGCUGAUCACCAUCAGCGUCCACUCCCGGGACAUCAUCACCGGGCUGGUGCAGUCCCAGUGCGACUCCAGUGGCAGUUUCGAGUGGCUGAAGCAGCUGCGCUACUACUGGUCGGUGCAGGCCGACACCUGUGAGGCGGCCAUGAGUCUGGCGCGCCACACUUACGGCUACGAGUACCUGGGUGCCUCGCCGCGACUGGUCAUCACUCCGCUCACCGACCGCUGCUACCUCUGUCUGAUGGGCGCGCUGCAACUCGACCUCGGCGGUGCGCCAGCCGGGCCAGCCGGCACCGGUAAAACGGAGACAACUAAGGACCUGGCCAAGUCGCUGGCCAUUCAGUGUGUCGUCUUCAACUGCUCAGAGGGCAUCGAUUAUAAGAUGAUGGGUCGCUUCUUCUCGGGUCUGGCCCAGUCGGGCGCCUGGUGUUGUUUUGACGAGUUCAAUCGGAUCGACAUCGAAGUGCUGUCGGUGAUAGCGCAGCAACUCAUCACCAUCCGCGGCGCUAAAGUGGUCGGCGCGCAGAGGUUUAUGUUCGAGGGCCGCGAGAUAAAGCUGGUGCGUAGCUGUGCAGCGUUCAUCACGAUGAACCCGGGAUACGCGGGCCGCACGGAGCUGCCCGACAACCUGAAGGCGCUCUUCAGACCCAUCUCCAUGAUGGUGCCCGACUACGGCCUGAUUGCCGAAGUGAUCUUGUACUCUGAGGGUUUCGAGUCGUCCAAGAACCUGGCCAGGAAGAUGGUGCACCUGUUCCGACUGUGCUCCGAGCAGCUUUCCCAGCAGAGUCACUACGACUUCGGCAUGCGGGCGCUGAAAUCUGUGCUGGUGAUGGCCGGUCGGCUGAAGCGCGAAAACCCGCAGAUCAACGAGGACAUCGUUCUGAUCCGCGCACUCCGCGACGCCAACGUGCCCAAGUUUCUCUCCGACGAUCUUGUACUGUUCAAGGCAAUCCUGGACGAUCUGUUCCCGGGAGCCGUCAUUCCCGAGAUCGACUACGGUCAGCUCAAGGAGUGUAUCAUAGACGUGAUGGUGUCGAUGAAGAUGCAGCCAGAGCCGUGCCAGAUCAGAAAGGUGAUCCAGUUUCACGAGACGAUGAUUGUGCGCCACGGAGUGAUGCUGGUCGGACCGUCUGGCGGAGGCAAAACCACCAUUUACAGGAUUUUGCAGAAGUCGCUGACAAAGAUGCUGGAGGACGGCCACGAGUCGCCCUACUACCGGGUCGUGCACGUGGAGGUGCUCAACCCCAAGUCGAUCACCAUGGGCGAGCUGUACGGAGAGGUCAACCUACUGACGCUCGAGUGGCGUGACGGUGUGCUCGGUCGGCUGGUGCGCGGCGCCGUCUCGGACACCACGGAGGACCAGCACUGGAUCGUGUUCGACGGACCCGUGGACGCCGUCUGGAUCGAGAACAUGAACACCGUGCUGGAUGACAACAAGCUGCUCUGCCUGACCAACUCUGAGCGCAUCAAGCUCACGCCCGGCGUUCGCAUGGUGUUUGAGGUGGACGACCUGGCGCAGGCCUCCCCUGCUACAGUCAGCAGGUGCGGUAUGGUGUUUGUCGAUCCCGGCGAGAUGAAGUGGCUGCCGUUCGUCAAGACCUGGCUGGACGACCUGGAAGAAACUGGGCAGCUGCGCGACUACAUGCGCGCCCAGCUGCAGCAGAUGUUCGAGCGAUACGUGGAGGACGGCCUGCGCUUCGUGGCCCGCUCCUGCACGCAGGCCAUGGCGCAGGCCGAGGUCAACAAGGUGGCCAUGAUGUGCCGGCUGAUGACGAGCCUGCUGUUCGGGCCGGGCGGUCUGAACCCGGUCAAAGAGCCGCUGCGGCUCAACGAGCUGCUGGCGCAGACAUUCGUCUUCUGCUACCUGUGGACUGUGGGCGGAAACCUGGUGGAGCAGCACCGCGAGCAGUUCGAGCAGUUCAUCCGCAAACAGCUCGAGGACAACGCGGAGGUCAAACUGCCGACCCACUCUGACCUAUGGAGUUUCCGGAUGGACUACACUAACAAGAAGAUGGACCCGUGGGAGCGCAUCGUGCCCCCGUUCCAUUUCGACCCGGAGAUGUCCUUCGUCAACAUCGUGGUGCCCACGGUGGACACGAUCCGCUACAGCUACCUGCUGGACAAGCUGCUGGCCGUCAACACGUCCGUCAUGUUCACCGGAGGAACCGGUGUGGGCAAGUCGAUCAUCGGCCGGUUCCAGCUGCUGGCGCUCGGCGCCAAGAUCGUGCCCGUCUUCUUCAACUUCUCUGCCAACACGACGUCGAUGCGCGCCCAGGAGGUGGUGGAGAGCAAGCUGGAGCGGCGCCGGCGCACCGUGCUGGCCGCGCCCGCCGAGAAGAAGGUGGUCGUCUUCAUCGACGACGUCAACAUGCCCCGGCCCGAGAUAUACGGCGCUCAGCCACCCGUGGAGCUGCUCAGGCAGCUGCUAGACUUUGGCGGCCUGUACGACCGCAAGGAGCUGUUCUGGAAGUCGAUCCAGGAUGUGGUGGUGUGCGCUGCGUGCGCCCCGCCCGGCGGCGGCCGGCACCAGCUCAACGGACGCUUCCUGCGUCACUUCUGCAUGCUGCUCAUCCCGCAGCCCAACGAGGCCACGCUCGUCCACAUAUUCCGGUCGAUCGUGCACGGUUUUCUGGCCGGAUUCGCGGCGCCGGUCAAAUCACUGGCGGACGCCAUUGUCAACUCGGCCGUGGAGAUCUACAUCCGGAUCAGCCUGGACCUGCUGCCGACGCCGUCCAAGUCACACUACAUCUUCAACCUGCGAGACCUCUCCAAGUGCAUUAACGGCGUGCUGCAGGCCGACCCCAGCGUCAUAGUCGACAAGGAGCCCAUGUUCAGGCUGUUUACGCACGAAGCCCAGCGCGUGUUCCACGAUCGUCUGGUGACCGACGACGACAAGAUGUACUUCAACACGAUGAUGUUGGAGGUGGCCGGGCGCAACUUCGCCAUCAACAUGGACCCACAGGUGCUGCGCGACACGCCCAUUCUGUUCGGAGACUUCAUCAAAAUGGGCGCCGAGGAGGACCAGAAGAUGUACGAGGAGUUCAAGGAUCACGACAAGCUGCAAAAGGUCCUCCAGGAUUACCUCGACGACUACAACGUGAGCGGCGGUCGCGAGAUGCAGCUGGUGUUCUUCCGGGACGCUGUGGAGCACGUGACGCGUCUGGCACGCAUCCUCCGCACGGACCGCGGCAACGCCCUGCUGGUGGGAGUGGGCGGCACCGGCAAACAGAGCCUCACCCGACUGGCCUGCCACGUCAACAACGCCACGUGUUUCAUGAUCGCGCUGUGCCGCGGCUACGACCACACUUCGUUCCGGGACGACCUGCGCCAGCUGUACUGGCAGGCGGGCGUGCAGCGCAACAAGACCGUGUUCUUCUUCGCCGACUACCAGAUCGCCCAGGAGGAGUUCAUGGAGGACAUUGACAGCAUUCUCAACUCGGGCGAAGUGCCCAGUCUGUACGACCCGGAGGAGUACGAGAAGGUGAUCAUCGCCAGCCGGCCGUUCGCCAAGCAGGCCGGCAUCCCUGAGGGAGACCGAGACGCCAUCUUCAGCCACUUCAUCAGUCACGUCCGCUCCAACCUGCACAUCGUGCUCAGCAUGAGUCCCGCCGGAGAGGCCUUCAGGUUCUACUGCCGCAUGUUCCCGGCCGUCGUCAACUGCUGCACCAUCGACUGGUUCAGCGAGUGGCCCGCCGAGGCGCUCCUGGAGGUCGCCAGAAAACUGCUCAAGAAGGACGAGAUAGGUGACCCCGACCUCACCGAGAACAUCUGCAAGAUGUGCGUCACCGCCCAUCAGGACGUGGUGGAGGCCAGGGCGCGCUUCCUGAACCAGCUAAAGCGCUACUACUACGUCACCCCGACCAGCUACCUGGAGCUGAUCAACCUCUACGGCACCAUGCUCAAGGAACAGAAGACCAAGAUCAACGGGGCCAAGGAGAGAAUCUCCAACGGCCUCAAGAAGCUGAAGGAGACUAACAGCCUGGUGGACACGAUGUCUGUUGAGCUGGUGGCGCUGGAGCCGGAGCUGAAGAAGAAGUCGGCCGACACGGAGCUGCUGAUGGAGCGGCUGGCCAAGGACCAGUCGGCCGCCGACAAAGUGCGAGAGGUCGUCCAGGUGGAGGAGGCCGCAGCCAAGGUAAAAGCCGACGAGACGCAGACGCUGGCCGAUGACGCCCAGAAAGACCUGGACGAGGCGCUGCCGGCGCUGGAGGCGGCCGUCAAGGCGCUGGACUCGCUGGACAAGUCGGACAUCUCCGAGAUCAAGGUGUUCAACAAGCCGCCCGAGAUGGUGCAGAUCGUGCUGGAGGCCGUCUGUAUUCUGCUCGGCGCCAAGACUGAUUGGGCUACCGCCAAACAAGUACUGUCGGACAACAAUUUUCUAAAACGGUUGAUGGAAUAUGACAAGGAAAAUAUUCCGGAAACGGUGCUGCGCAAGAUCAAAAAGUACAUCGACGACCCCAAGUUCGUGCCUGAGGUGGUGGAGAAGGUAUCCAAGGCCUGCAAGAGCAUGUGCCUCUGGGUGAGGGCCAUCGACCUGUUUGCAAGAGUCUUCAAAGAAGUGGAGCCGAAAAGAGCGAGGCUGCAGGCGGCCGAGGCGGAGCUGGCCUCCGUGAUGGCCACUCUAAAGGAGAAGCAGGACCGGCUGGCGGCCGUCGAGGCGCAGAUCGCCGAGCUGCAGAGCCUCUACGACCACUCGGUCGGCGAGAAACAGAGCCUCGAGGACAAGAUCGCGGUGACCUCGGCCCGCCUGACGCGCGCCUCCAAACUGACAUCGGCGCUGGCCGACGAGGGCGAACGAUGGGCCAUCAACGUCGAGACGCUGGACGGUGAGCUGAAGACGGUGGUGGGCAACAUGUUCAUGGGCGCCGCCAGCGUCUCCUACCUGGGCGCCUUCACCUCCCAGUUCCGGGAGGAGCUGCUGGAACACUGGGUAGAGAUGUGCCAGCUGCUGGCCGUCCCCAUCGCCGACAACUUCAGCCUGUCGGGAGUGCUAGCCGACCCGUACCAGAUCCGUCAGUGGAACGCGUGCGGCCUGCCGCGGGAUGACGUCAGCACGCUGAACGCCAUUCUCUCCACCCGGAGCCGGCGCUGGCCGCUCAUGAUCGACCCGCAGGACCAGGCGAACCAGUGGAUCCGCCGUAUGGAGGCGGCCGACGGUCUGAAGGUGGCCAAAAUGUCGGACGGACAACUGCUGCGCGUACUGGAGACCUGCAUCCGACUGGGUCUGCCGAUGCUGAUCGAGGCCGUGGGAGAGACACUGGAGGCGGCACUGGAGCCGAUUCUGCUCCGUCAGACCUACCUAUCGGGCGGCCGUCUGCUGAUCAAGCUGGGCGACUCUGAGGUAGAUUACGACAAGUCGUUCCGUCUCUACAUGACCACCAAGCUGGGCAACCCGCACUAUCUGCCCGAGGUGUGCAUCAAGGUCACGCUGGUCAACUUCACCGUCACGCAGAGCGGACUCGAGGACCAGCUGCUCGGAGACGUGGUGCGGCUGGAGGAGCCCAAAAUCGAGGAGACGCGCAACAAGCUGAUCGUCCAGAUCAACGCCGACAAGGCGCAGCUGCGCUCCAUCGAGGACAAGAUCCUGUACAUGCUGUUCACCUCCGAGGGCAACAUCCUCGACAACGAACAGCUCAUCCUGACGCUCAACGAGUCCAAGAUCACGUCUCGCGACAUCAGCAUUCGUCUGGCGGAGGCCGAGUCGACCGAGAUCAAAAUAUCGGCCGCCCGAGAAAAGUACCGGCCGGUGGCGAUGCGCGGCAGCAUCGUCUACUUCGUCAUCGCCCAGCUGGCGGAGGUCGACGCCAUGUACCAGUACUCGCUCAAGUACUUCAACCAGAUUUUCACCACACACAUCGAGAGCACGCGCAAGUCUCCCGACCUGGAGGAGCACCUGGCCAAUCUGAUCGAGAACACCACCGUGGCCGCGUACACAGACGUAGCGCGCGGCCUCUUCGAGAAGGACAAGCUCAUCUUCAGCUUCGUCCUGUGUGUGGACAUCCUGCGUCAGCGGGGCACCGUCACCGACGCCCAGUGGAACUUCCUGCUGCGUGGAGCGCCCCAUCUGGCCGACGCGCUGGGCGACCCGCAGUCGCCGGUGAAGUGGAUGGCCGACAGACAGUGGAAGGGUCUGCUCAGUCUGGAGCUGGCCUUCCCGGACGAGUUCGACGGCUUCCCCAGGGCCAUCCUCAAAUCGCAAAUACGAGUCACCAUCGGAAAUGAGACCAUUCUGCUGAACCCAGAGGCCCAGGAGACGGCCAAGAUGUCAGAGUGGAGCACCCGGCUGAGCAGCAUGCAGAAGCUGCUGGCGGUGCGCUCGGCGCGACAGGAGCAGCUCUCGCUGGGCGUCACAGAGUUUGUGCGCGAGAACCUGGGUGCCGUGUUCAUCGAGAGGCCGGCCAUCGACCUGCCCACGCUGUUCCCCAACAUCGACCGGUACACACCGCUGAUCUUCGUGCUGAGUCAGGGAACAGACCCAAUGGGCGAGUUCAUGUCGUUUACCCGAGAUCGCAUGAUGGACGAGCGAGUAGCGGCCAUCUCGCUGGGCCAGGGCCAGGGACCCGUGGCCGAGCGGGCCAUCUCGGAGGCCACCAAGACCGGCGAUUGGGUCUUCCUGCAGAACUGCCACCUGUCGGCCUCGUGGAUGCCGUGUCUGGAGACGAUCAUCAAGGACCUGCCGGAGGCGGCGCCGGCCGUCCACGAGUCGUUCCGGCUCUUCCUGUCGUCGAUGCCGGCCAAGGCGUUCCCCGUGGAGAUCCUGCAGAACUCUGUCAAAGUGACCAACGAGCCGCCGCGCGGACUCCGCAACAGCCUGCGUCAGGCCUUCUCUGCAAUCACCAGCGACUUCUUCGAUGAUAACCCUCUGGAGAUCAGCUGGCGUCGGAUGGUGUUCGGCCUGUGCUUCUUCCACGCGGUGAUCCAGGAGCGCAAAAAGUACGGCCCGCUCGGCUGGAACAUCGGCUACGAGUUCACGACCAACGACCGAGACUUUGCGCUGGAUAACUUGCGGCUCUUCUGCCAGGACGCCGACAUCCCGUGGGAGGCGCUGCAGUACAUCACAGGGGAGAUCACGUACGGCGGCCGGGUGACGGACAACUGGGACCAGCGCUGCCUCACCACCGUCCUCAAAAACUUCUUCUCACCGGCCGCUAUGGAACCCGAUCACAAGUACUCUCACUCUGGCACGUACUACGCGCCGACCGAGGGCGGCCUGAUCGAGUACCGCCGCUACGUGGACCGGCUGCCCGUGGUCGACUCGCCCGAGAUUUUCGGCAUGCACGUCAACGCCGACGUCGUCAGCAAGGUCCAGGAGACGCAGCGCCUGCUGAGCACCAUUCUGAGCAUGCAGCCGUGGCUGGCGACCAGUGCCGGCGGUGAGGGCAGCGGAGACCAGUUCGUCUACGACCUCGCUGAGACCAUGGAGGGGCGCAUACCCACCAAAAUCGACAUGGAGCUCGCGCACAAGAAACUCUUCCAGCUGGACUCUUGUGGCCGUAUGAACUCGCUGACCACGGUGCUAGUUCAGGAGGUGGACCGCUACAACCGACUGCUACGCUGCAUCCACAGCACGCUGAACGAGCUCAAACGCGCCAUCCGCGGACUGGUGGUCAUGUCAGAGGAGCUCGACCGCGUCUACAAGGCGUUUGUCAACAAUCAGGUGCCGGCACUCUGGGGCCGGGUCGGCUACCUGUCGGUCAAGUCGUUGGGCAGCUGGGUCAAUGACCUCAUACUACGCGUGGACGCCUUCGCCGACUGGAGCCGCAACGGUCCGCCGACCUCGUUCUGGUUCUCGGGAUUUUUCUUCCCGCAAGGCUUUCUGACGGGGAUCCUGCAGAACUUCGCCCGGAAGCACACGCUUCCCAUUGAUCAGCUGAGGUUCCAGUACAACGUCCAAAGCGUGUGGCGCGACCAGGCGGACAUUAUGAAGUGGCGCCAGGAUCUCAGCACCCGGGAAGGCAGCGCCGGAUCGGAGCCGGCCCCGGAGAGUGCAGGCCCGUUUCGCCGGCCGGCCAGCGGCAGCGCGUUCAUUAGCUGGCUCGACGACGAGCUGGAGGUGCCCGAGGAGGGACUGCUCGUGCACGGACUCUUCAUCGACGCAGCGCGAUGGGACAUGGAGACCAUGAUGCUGACCGAUCCCGCGCUAGGUGAGCUGAAGGCGGUGCUGCCGGUGCUGCACGUGCUGCCGGCGUUCAACCACGUGCCGGAGCCGGGCGAGUACACGUGCCCCCUGUACCGGACACCGGUGCGCGCAGGUGUGCUCUCGACGACGGGCCACUCGACCAACUUUGUGGUGGACAUCCAGCUGCCGUGUGACCAGCCCGAGGAGCACUGGAUCACCCAGGGCACCGCGCUGCUCACACUGCUCCAGGACUGAGCGCGACGGGCGGCAGGCGGACCGCAAACGGACCAUGGCCCGAACAGCCGGCAAGCGGCGGUCUGAAAGAGGAGAGAAACAUAUCAAUCAAAUAGUGAAAUUAAUGAUAAUGCGUUAAACCACCUCACUUGUUUUGCGAGUGGGAUUAUGGGCGUUGAGUUUUUGUUGCGUACCGAAUCAUGCAGACAAUUCUGCACAGAGAGCGAAUGGUGCUUGUUGUGCUGUUACUUGAUUCAAAGAUGACAAUCGUGACAUCUUCUAGUCACUUAUUGUUAAGCUUUCAAUCUGUCCGUGGUAAAUAUGUGUUGUUAUGAAUUACUGUUAAUUGACUGCAUAGGAUAUUUUGUCCAUAAUCAUGCUUUGGUAAUUGCUGGUUCAUGUGUAGAUGCAAAAAUAUGAAGGAAAAGUGCAAUAAAUGACCAGCUAUCACCGAAGA